UUACAGGUGAUGGGGAAGACAUUGAAUGUCUUGUUGAAAAAUCUUCAAUCGUUUGUCGAUAACUGUUACGAUACAAUUGCUUUAUUCUUAUGCCUACACUUAGUUAUGCGGUAUCAAUUGACAUGCCAUAAACGAGCAGUGCCAGCAUUAGACAAAUAUUGGGACAACCUUACAUCAGUGAUCUGGCCGCGAUUUGAAUACGUAUUCCAGUUAAAUAUUCAGAGCAUAAGAGAUUGUGAUCCUUUGAAGUUUAAUAAAGAAAUGGGACCUCAUUAUAUUACAAGGCGAUAUGCGGAAUUCAGCGCAGCGAUGAUUGCAAUAGUUGAAGGUUUUCCCUGCGAAGGAGCAACGCAGUUAAUAGCCGAGUUGAGAGAAGCAGUCCAAUGUUUUCUUUUAAGAAUGGCAGCAAUUUUUCCCCAGAGGACGCAGCAACUAGUGUUCCUGAUUAAUAAUUAUGACCUUAUCCUGGGAGUACUCAUGGAAAGAACGCGCGAUAAUUCAAAGGAAGCAGAGAGUUUUCGAGAACAGUUAAAUACACGAUCGUCUGAAUAUGUUGAAGAGGUGUUGAGUCCUCAUUUUGGCGGUGUAAUCCAGCUAGUAAAGGAAUCGGAGGCGUUUCUAGAAAAAGGACAAGUAGAGGACUUGAAGCGACAAGAAGGGAAAGCACUGGCCUUGGUACAAUCAUUUACAAAUAAUUGGAAGCGGUCUUUAGAAGAAAUCAGUGCCGAAAUUUUGCGCUCAUUUCCGAGUUUGGUACUGGGCGCAGCACUUGUUCAACGUUCAAUGACACAAUUAGUGCAAUAUUACCAUCGACUUCACAAGAUCUUACCAGCAAGUGCUAGGGCACAACUCACUAAUAUUCAUCAUAUCAUGGUUGAAAUCAAAAAGUAUAAAAUAAAUUAUUGAUAAUUUAUAUUAUCCAAUGCGUUGAAAUGAGCCUAUCGGCUCAUUUACCUUAAAGUUAGCCCUAGCAUAUAACAUUUCAUAUCCAGUUUAACCGGAUCGUUAGUCUAAUCUGCCAACCUACACUUCAGCGAUUUCAUAUAUGCAAAGUUCCUUUUUACCCCAAAUCGUAAAGAAUGAAACUCAUAUGGUGACAUUUGCAUUACAAAUCGAAAAUUAUUAAAAACAAUAUUAGUGCAGAAUAUGUUGUAUAUUCAGCUUUUUAGUCGUAAAUGGCAGAAUAUUAAAAAAAGACAAGGGCUCAAGAAAUUCUGUAAAUUUCGUUGAUUUUUAGUAACUGUAUGCAGGCUAUUGCACUAUGAAAAAUAUUAUAACAUAGGAUACAAACAGUACAAGAGGUGGAUGUGGGAAGGAAGGGUGAGAAAAAGGUUCAGGAGUGCUGGCAAAAAAAGAUUUGGAAGUUAAAGAGGUUUAAAGUUCGAGGCAGUAACCAACGAACUGAAAGAGGAAAAUAUGAUUUGAGCAAAUGAGGAGGUAGACAAGUAAUGACACACGAUGAAGAAAGAAAGUCAAAAAUGAAAGAAACGAGUGAGCAUAUCACGAUGGCAGGAGUAGCAUGUAAAAAGGUAGGAGAAGGGAGGAAAAAAGAAAGAUUUCAGAACCAAAAAUCAAAAAUGGUAGGGAAAAGAUCAGAAGUAUAGGACGUAUAGAAGAAUUCUUGGAGAGGAGAAGAGAAGACUUAGGAGAGAAAAGCGAAGAAGGAGAAAGGUGGGCCACCCAAAAAAGCGUGACAGGUGACCAUCAGAAAAGGAAAAGCAGAAUAAGAAAGAAGAAUAGUUCAAAGACCGAAAAAUGGAGAAAGGACGAGAAAGGGAUAGAAGAAAAGAUAAAAAACAUAUAGGACUUAUCAGGAGUGGAGAGGGAGGCCUUCAGAAGGAUCAAAGAGAUAGAAAGAAGUUUACAAGCGUAAGCGAGACAAGAGAAGAACAUACAGAAGAACAGAGAAUAAACUAGCGCGCCACACGCGGCCUUCCGGCCACAGUGGCUUGCCGCCUUGCAUCGCCUCGCGAUGCAAGGCGCGCAAAACGCUUCGCGUUUUGCGUGUAAGGCACGACCGCUGACGUUCGCGCUUUGCACUCACCAGCCCACCGACGCUCGCACUUCGUGCUCGCCCAAAUUUCUCUACAAUUGUGCUUAAUUGUUGGACAAUCGUUUAUAUUUCAUAGUUAUAUAAUGUAUUGAAUAUAUACAAAUACAAAGAUUCAAUUUAAACCGAUAAAUUCUUUAACUUCAAUAAAAAUGAAUGUUGUAAAAACUUGAUUUUGGUUUGCUAACUUGAGUAGAAAGCAUUUUCAUGAUUUGAUGUCAACAGGAAAAAGUUGUAUUUUUGAAAGAUCUGCAACUUUUCCAUUUAACGUUUUUUUGUAGAAUGCUUAGAAUUCGAGUUACAGACAAAUAGCCGUUUUUAGCGAUUUUUGGAGGUGACCGCAUUCUGCGUAUAUGUACAGGAUCAAGCUCAAAAUAGAACCAUAAGGUUCUAGUGAUGAGAGGAGUCACCACAAAAAAUUUUAGCCCGAUUUACUGAAGUCUCUCAGAGGUAAUCGUGUAACAUGAAAAUUUUUAUUAAAUAAUACACGAAAAAAUCGUAAAAUCAAUCAAAUUGUGCUCCCAUUUUGAAACGACGUAGAGGAUCGGGAUAAAAAAAAUAGUUUUUUAGUUUGUACGAGAGGAGACCUCCCCCAAAAUUUCAGCCCGAUCGGCCGAAAAUUGCGUGAGAUAUCGCAUCUCACACAUUUUUCGCGAUAGAAACUAUAAGGCACUUGCGUAUCGCGGUCGUGCCUAAAAAGGAGGUCCCUGUAAGUGUUAGACGAAACGGUGGAAAGAAAUAUGAGGAAAUUGAAUGUGUAGGAGAUUAGGAAGAAUAUAUACAGAAUUUAUGAGGGGGAACUGAAAAACUGGGAACAAAAGAGAUGUGAUAAGAAGUUA